AUGGGGCACCGCACCGCAAACGCGCACCAAGCUUCCCCCCCCGGAGCCCCUGGGACCCGGCUGCACGGAAGGGAAGCACAGCAGCAGGGAAGAUGGCUUAACGACAGCCGGGCAGCUGUGUCCCCAACCAGGCCAGACGGAGCCCCGGCCCCGCGGCCAGGAGCCGAGCCGCGGAGCUGCAGCCCUGGGUGCGCUGCCCUGCAGCACGUCCCCCGGGCACUGUCGCGGGGAGACGGGCCCGAGCCGGCCUUCCCUUGGCCGCGGCCACUGCUGGAGGAGGAGGCGGCAGCCCGGCUGGGGAAUGGGGGAGGAAGAGAGUACGGGCUGCAGCCCGGCUCCUCACCUGCGUCCCGGCGGGGCGGAGGGCGACGGCUCCCAGCAGCGCGCAGCGCCGGGGGACCAGCACGGACCGGCAGGGCAGCGGCCCCGGCCUGCUCCGCGGCCCUGGCUCCCCGCGGUCCGCCGGCUCCCGCCGCGAUUUUCGGGGAGCCGGUUUCGAACGGCCGCCUAAGCCCCGUUCCCGCGGGCUCCCCCAGCCCGGGGCCGGCCUACCCGCGCCGGGAUUCCCGCAGCCGCCCGACCGCCGCGCUUCCCCCGCCCCUUACCUCACUCCGCCGGCCAACAACGGGCAGCGCCGCCGGGAGCCGCCCCCGGCCAGCGGGGCCUGGCCGAGCCCAGGCUCGGGGCGGGAGCGUGGUUUGCACCCUCCACGCCGCUCAGCUCGGGCCGCCCCUCCCUUCACCCCGGAGCAGGCUCCCCCCUGGGCCAGACGCCUGCGCCAUGCGCCCGCCCCCCGCGCCCGGCCCUCCUCAGUGCCGCUCCGCACCGCAUCGCCAGGCUGCUGACACGAUCCUCACCCGGAGCGGCCCGGCCGUCGCCGGGCAGCGGGGAGCUUCCCGAGACACCCGAGGGCGGAGAACCCGGGGUGGGCACGACCGAGCCUCAGCCGCUCCUGUGACCGACCACCGUUCCCGUCCCGCACCGCCGGCGCUGUUGGGGCUCGUCCGAUGUACUCUUCUCCCUGACUUCCGCUAG